AUGUCUUUUCUUCGUUGGGUGACUGAGAAAUUGAGUGUCGAGAGCCUGCGGGAUUUGGAGUUGUUCGGAGAGCAAACUCAGGGACUCUCUCUCAGGGAAACCCAUGAAGACAGCAGGGAAAGUGUGACGUCCCUUCCACGUCGAGACACCAUGGGCAGCUUCCUCCCCGACAGCAGUGCCUAUCAGCUGCUCGCCGUUAUUGGUCAGGGGCUGGAUCACCUGAUGACUGUCAACCGGGCCAGGUACAGACCCACCGGGGAGCAUGUGGCCAUCCGACGCAUCGACCUCGAGUCGUGUACUAACGACAUGGUCGCUUAUCUGCAGGCAGAGUUGCACGUGUCCAAGUUGUUUCACCACCACAGUAUUUUGCCCUACAAAAGUGUUUUCAUUGCUGAGAAUGAGCUGUGGGUCAUCACCCCCUUCAUGGCAUACGGAUCUGCUCGAGAGCUCGUCAGCACAUAUUUCCCUGACGGCAUGAGUGAGCUCACCAUCGCAUACAUUCUACUGGGUGUCCUUAAAGCUCUGGAGUACAUUCACCAAAUGGGAUAUGUGCACAGGAGUGUGAAAGCAAGUCACGUGCUGAUUGCCGCUGAUGGCCAGGUGCGCAUGUCGGGACUUCGCAGUAUCUUCAGCCUGAUCCGACAUGGUCAGCGGGCCAAGGUGGUGCAUGACUUCCCGCAGAACAGCGUCAAGGUGCUGCCGUGGCUCAGCCCUGAAGUGCUGCAGCAGAACCUACAGGGCUAUGACUUCCGCUCAGACAUCUACAGCCUGGGCAUCACAGCGUGCGAGCUGGCUAACGGACACGUCCCCUUCAAGGACAUGCCGGCUACGCAGAUGUUGCUGGAAAAGCUAAAUGGGACUGUACCGUGCCUGCUGGACACGACCACCAUCCCGCCAGAGGAGCUCUCCAUGAAGCCAUCACGCUCUGGUGCAGAUUCUGGUAUCUGCGAGGGCCUGGGAGGAGGCGGUAGCGUUGGCGGGAUCCGCCACUCCAACGGCGAACCAGCUUCCUCUUCCUCGUCGGGACACCCGUACAACCGCACUUUCUCGCCUCACUUUCAUGCCUUUGUCGAGCUGUGUCUUCAGCGAGAUCCAGAGAAAAGACCUUCUGCCUCUGCUCUCAUAGGUCAUCCCUUCUUCAAACAGAUUAAGCGCCGUCCCUCCGAGGCGCUGCCCGAACUCCUUAGGCCCGCGUCACCAAUCGGCUGCAGCGAGGGAUCCCAUCAACUGCCUUCGCCCUCCGGACUUGCCAGUCUGGAGUCAAGCCUCAGCCACUUAGACGUCGAUGACUGGGACUUCUGA